GAAGAGGGAGUGCAGCUGGAAAGUGGAACCUGCUUUUCUGUUUAUGAAGAAGGAGGUACCAGCUAACAACAGAGCCUCCACGGUUAGCCUAGGCUCCUGAUCCACAGACUCCUAGGUGACUGGCAGCGGCUGGGUCUCACGCACUCCCAAUUCCAGCAAGGAAAGUGAUCCUGCUGGAGGCCUGAGACCACAGGCCACAGAGAGGAAGUCCAUCUGGGCGGCCCAGCAGGCAGAGGAAUUCCUGGAAGGAAGCUCACAUCUCAGGAAUCUGAUAUCAUCUUCACGUCCUUAAUAUGCUUGGCAUUCGCAAAGUUGCUUUCAUGAUUAUUGGGUCACAAUCACUUGAGUCCCCAGAAAAGAAGGUGCGGAUCACCAUUUCCUAAACCACGGCUAGUGAUCCCAUUACAAGAACACCGUGCGGAUCACCAUUUCCUAAACCACGGCUAGUGAUCCCAUUACAAGAACACCGUGCGGAUCACCAUUUCCUAAACCACGGCUAGUGAUCCCAUUACAAGAACACCGUGCGGAUCACCAUUUCCUAAACCACGGCUAGUGAUCCCAUUACAAGAACACCGUGCGGAUCACCAUUUCCUAAACCACGGCUAGUGAUCCCAUUACAAGAACACCGUGCGGAUCACCAUUUCCUAAACCACGGCUAGUGAUCCCAUUACAAGAACACCGUGCGGAUCACCAUUUCCUAAACCACGGCUAGUGAUCCCAUUACAAGAACACCUGACUAAACAGCUCCAGAGAUUGCAAGGAUGCUGACUGUCCCAGAAAUGGGCCUACAAGGGCUGUAUAUCAGCUCUAGCCCAGAGAGAUCCCCAGUACCCAGCCCACCCGGCUCCCCGAGGACCCAGGAGAGCUGUGGUAUUGCCCCCCUCACCCCUUCACAGUCCCCAAAGCCAGAGGCCCGUGCUCCACAGCAGGCCUCCUUCUCUGUGGUCGUAGCCAUCGACUUCGGGACCACAUCCAGUGGCUAUGCCUUCAGCUUUUCCAGUGACCCUGAGGCCAUCCACAUGAUGAGGAAAUGGGAGGGGGGAGACCCAGGCGUGGCCCACCAGAAGACCCCGACUUGUCUGCUGCUGACCCCAGAGGGUGUCUUUCACAGUUUUGGCUACACUGCCCGUGACUACUACCAUGACCUAGACCCCGAGGAGGCUCGGGACUGGCUCUACUUUGAGAAGUUUAAGAUGAAGAUCCACAGUGCCACUGAUCUCACCUUGAAGACCGAGCUAGAGGCCGUAAACGGAAAAAAGAUGCUGGCCCUGGAGGUGUUCGCCCAUGCCCUCCGCUUCUUCAAGGAGCACGCUCUUCAGGAGCUGAGGGAGCAGAGCCCCUGUGUGCUCGAAAGGGACAGUGUGCGCUGGGUGCUGACAGUGCCUGCCAUCUGGAAACAGCCAGCUAAGCAGUUCAUGAGGGAGGCUGCCUACCUGGCUGGCCUGGUGUCUCGAGAGGAUGCAGAAAAACUCCUCAUUGCUCUGGAGCCUGAGGCUGCCUCUGUCUACUGCCGAAAACUUCGCCUGCACCAGCUCAUGGACCUGAGUAGCCGGACGGUAGGCGGUGGGCGCCUGGGUGAGCGCAGGUCCAUUGAUUCCAGCUUUCGACAUGCCAGGGAGCAGCUGCGGAGGUCUCGCCACAGCCGAACGUUCCUGGUGGAGUCUGGUGUAGGAGAACUGUGGGCAGAGAUGCAAGAAGGAGACCGCUACAUGGUGGCAGACUGUGGAGGUGGUACUGUGGACCUGACCGUACACCAGCUGGAGCAGCCUCACGGCACCCUCAAGGAGCUCUACAAGGCUUCUGGCGGCCCUUACGGCGCAGUAGGGGUGGACCUGGCCUUUGAGCAGCUGCUCUGCCGCAUAUUCGGAGAGGACUUCAUCGCCAAAUUCAAAAGGCAACGGCCAGCAGCCUGGGUGGAUCUAACCAUUGCCUUCGAGGCCCGCAAGCGCACUGCAGGCCCACACCGUGCCGGAGCACUCAACAUUUCGCUUCCCUUCUCUUUCAUUGACUUCUACCGCAAACAACGAGGCCACAACGUGGAGACGGCCCUGCGCAGGAGCAGUGUGAACUUUGUGAAGUGGUCCUCACAGGGGAUGCUCCGGAUGUCCUGUGAGGCUAUGAAUGAGCUGUUCCAGCCCACAGUCAGUGGGAUCAUCCAACACAUAGAGACAUUGCUGGCAAGGCCUGAGGUACAGGGCGUGAAGUUGCUAUUCCUGGUGGGCGGCUUUGCAGAGUCGGCUGUGCUGCAGCAUGCGGUACAGACAGCACUGGGCACCCGUGGCCUGCGCGUUGUGGUCCCGCACGACGUGGGUCUCACCAUCCUCAAGGGAGCAGUGCUUUUUGGCCAGGCACCCGGUGUGGUGCGGGUGCGCCGCUCCCCUCUCACUUACGGCGUGGGCGUGCUCAACCGUUUUGUGCCUGGUCACCACCCACCUGAGAAACUGCUGGUUCGGGAUGGGCGCCACUGGUGCACUGAUGUCUUUGAGCGCUUCGUCGCAGCAGAGCAGUCGGUGGCCCUGGGAGAGGAGGUGCGGCGCAGCUACUGCCCUGCGCGCCCCGGCCAGCGGCGUGUGCUCAUCAAUCUGUACUGCUGCGCUGCGGAGGACGCACGCUUCAUCACAGACCCAGGUGUGCGCAAGUGUGGCGCACUCAGCCUGGAGCUUGAGCCUGAAGGCUGCCCGGAAAACACAGGCACGCCCCCCAACCGCCGUGAGAUCCGUGCUGCCAUGCAGUUUGGUGACACGGAGAUUAAGGUCACUGCUGUGGAUGUCAGCACUAAUCGUUCUGUGCGGGCAGCCAUCGACUUUCUUUCCAAUUAAGGGUACCCCUUUCGGUUGGACAGAAGAACAUGCUAGUUUUCACAGCGGCGCCCCUUUCUCCCCACCCUGAGAGAAAUGUGGUAAGGACACAUGGAGACUCACGUUGGGAUUGGGCCUUGGUCUACUGAUUGGAACACUAAAAGAACACCAAGAGGUGAGAUGAUAUAAGAGACUUCGAAGGUUAGAGGGUGAGCCUGACUUUUAAGUGUGUGACCACGAAGACAGACUACAACGGAGGACUAAACACUGGCCUGAACUUGAGGGUUGAGGGGAAGGUUAAGCAAAAUUGCUGAGGAGCCGCGCGAGGUGCAGAACCUGGGCCUGAAGGUUGGAGUUCACUGACUGUUGAAACUGUGGAGUUCUAGCCACAGGAAGCCAGAGAGCAGUUUCAUGCAGGGGUGGGGGUUCAAGCCCAUGCUAAAGGGACGGGUGUAAUAGGAGCUGGCUGUGUGACUGUUAAUGGCAGAGCAGUGGCUGACGGGAGAAGGGUGCACUGUUACAGUGAAGGCAGUUUGGAGGAGAUGUAGACGCAGCAUGCUCAGAGGGACCCAUGGGCAGCCAAUAAAUGACUCAUUUGCCACCAACCCA